AUGGAGCCGACAGAACUGUUUCGCUCCGACUAUCACAAGCGAUUUGUCCACAAAAGCGAGACUGACUAUAUCAAAGAGGAAUUCCAGUUUAUAACAAAGAAAGGAAAUGACUUCAACGUCAAGUACAACGUCAAAGAAGCGACAAAGCGAAAGAACGAGCCUUUCAACCGCUACCGUGAUAUUUUGGCGUACGAUGAAACACGCGUUAAGCUGAAGAAAGUGAGCUACAUCAAUGCGAACUGGGUCAAGGGUCUCGAGGAGCGAGAGUUUAUCGCCACUCAAGGGCCCAAGCCAGAAACUGCCAGGCAUUUUUGGGAAAUGGUCAUUGAGCAAAAAGCGAAAGUCGUGGUUAUGUUGUGCAAGCUUCGUGAAAUCAACAAGCGAACGGGAAUGGUCCGAAACAUGUGUUACGAUUACUGGCCUUUGGAAGUAAAUUCGCCAAAAGUAAUCGACGGAGAGGAAAGUGGACUGCCCUCAAUCACGGUGACAGUGACGGAAGAGCAAAAGUGCGAGGGAUACACGAAGCGGCAGAUCACAGUGACGGACAAGGCCGGCCAUCACAGGAAAAUCACUCAUUUCCAGAUGACUUCCUGGCCCGAUUACGGAGUGCCAGACAGAAGGGAUGAUGUCUUUCGCCUUAUCAACGACUACAGAACUGUUUCCAGUAAUGAUAAGGCGCCGAUAAUCAUGCACUGUUCUGCAGGAGUCGGGAGAACAGGAACAAUCAUCGCCGUCGAUCGAGUGAUGCAAAUGUUUUCCAAAAACUUGUUGAAGAAAAACUUUAACGUGAAAGACUUGGUGAUUGAGCUGCGAAAGCAAAGAAUGAAGAUGGUGCAGAGCGAAGAGCAGUACAGAUUUCUCUACCCGACUGUCUACCGAAUAUUUUUCGACUGCGACCCGCCGAAGAACUUUGCCGAAAGCAGCUCGGUCACUCUUCCCAGGACGCCGCAAAUGCCACAGAAAAGUAUCAAGAGAAUCAAAGACACGCCCAGGAAUUCGAAGGAACGACCAACGAGCGAACUCCACACGCCCAAAAGAAAAGGAAAUAUGCGCCGAAGCAAAAGCCACGAGCGCCUAGACUUCGAUAUUACCGACGAGAUCAUGAGCGAGACGCUGAGAAAAGCAGGCAAAAAACCGCCAAAGCGAACAGCCGGAAUUCACCCAGGAAGGAGCGCGCAGCAGCAAAGGCCGGCAGAGACUCGGGAAAAGCAGCGAAAAGAAGAGUUGAUUAUCAAAACGGAUGGGGACUAUUCGCUCAGUUCCGUGGAAGAUUUGAGCUCGGAGUUGAAGGGUGGUCCUGGGCCGCUGAGACAGCAUUCCGUCAAAUUGGCCUCCACGCUUCAACCUAAACAAAGCCCGAAGAUGCUCAAAGACACCCCCAAGUCAAAAUCCAUCUUCUCGAACAUCGGUAAUUUCUUCAAGAAGAAGCCUAGUUCCCAGUCUCCGAAAGAAGCGACCAACAUUUCGGCAGCAUAUCGAACUCCUUCGCCCGAACCCUAUCUCGGCAACGACCCGCCGCCAAAAUCAACAAAGCCGAAAUGGAUCACGCCCGAAAAGUCGAAAUCACGAAGGAAAAAAGCUUCUUGA